AUGAUUGUGUUAAGCUGCGAGGCCAUACCCCUGCACUACCUGGAGUGGAGCCACCCAGAGUCCAUCAUCCAGGUGGUCUUCUCCUGCCUGGGCAUCCUGGUCACCUCCUUCGUGGCGCUGACCUUCGUGGCGUACCGCGACACGCCGGUGGUCAAGUCGUCCAGCCGGGAGCUCUGCUACAUCAUCCUGGCGGGCAUCUUCCUGGGCUACCUCUGCCCCUUCACCCUCAUCGCCCGGCCCACCGUGGCCUCCUGCCACCUCCAGCGGCUGCUGGUGGGGCUCUCGGCCGCCAUGUGCUACUCGGCGCUGGUCACCAAGACCAACCGCAUCGCCCGCAUCCUGGCGGGCAGCAAGAAGAAGAUCUGCACCCGGAAGCCCCGCUUCAUGAGCGCCUGGGCGCAGGUGGCCAUCGCCUCGGCGCUGGUGGGCGUGCAGCUGGCGCUGGAGGUGACCCUCAUGGUGCUGGAGCCCCCCGAGCCCGUCAGGUCCUACCCCAGCGUCAGGGAGGUCUUCCUCAUCUGCAACACCAGCACCCUGGGCGUGGUGGCGCCGCUGGGCUACAACGGGCUGCUGAUCAUGAGCUGCACCUACUACGCCUUCAAGACGCGCAACGUGCCCGCCAACUUCAACGAGGCCAAGUACGUGGCCUUCACCAUGUACACCACCUGCAUCAUCUGGCUGGCCUUCGUGCCCAUCUACUUCGGCUCCGACUACAAGAUCAUCACCACCUCCUUCUCCGUCAGCCUGAGCGUCACCGUGGCCCUGGGCUGCAUGUUCACGCCCAAGAUGUACGUCAUCAUCGCCAAGCCCGAGCGCAACGUGCGCAGCGCCUUCACCACCUCGGACGCCGUGCGCAUGCACGUGGGCGGCGGCAGGGCGGCGUGCCGCGGCCACAGCCUGCUGGACGUGUUCAAGAGGAAGAAGGACGGCAGUUCUAACGGGAAGUCGGUGUCGUGGUCCGAACCCGGUCCGAGGCCUCCUCCUCCCAAAGGCGACCACAUCUGGCACAGACUGUCGGUGCACGUGAAGAAGCAGGAGACGGCCGUCAUCAAGCCGCUAGCGAGCAGCUACCAGACCGCGGCCAGGCCGCAGUUCUUGCAGCUCAGCGCCAAGACUUUGUACAACGUGGCCGAGGAGGACGAGGGCGACCACGGCCCCGGGACUCCUCCCUCCGGGCGUCCUUCAGGGCCGCUCGGCGGCGUGGUCUCCCUGGCUACGUCGCACCCUGAGGCAGCCCGCGGGGGCAUGCCCGUGUACCAGCUGGCCCACCUCAUCCAGCAGGACCACCUGCGGCCCUUUGACGAGGAAGCCGCCUCGCCCCCGGAGGAGGACCCGGAGAACGAGCAGUUUGGCCUCCUGCGGGGUUACUCGUACAACAACGGCCGGCUUCACGAAGAGGAGCUCAAACUGGCCAUGGAGGACGCCCUGGCGCUCAUGCCCCCGUCGCCCUUUCGGGAUUUGGCCGCACCGCCCAUGAGCUCUUUCCCCGACUCGCCCCUGUCCGAGUCCAUUCUAUGCUCUCCCCCCCGUGUGACGUACGCCUCGGCCAUCCUCCAGGACUACAAGCAGAGUUCCUCCACUCUGUGAGCCGUCCCCAACUACCUUAAAUGCUCCAAUUAACGCGCACCUUCAUUAGGACCUUAAUUAAAGGAGAACACUUCAAAUUAUUUUUUUUUAAUUGAAUAAAAUUAAAACAUUG